AUGGCAAAUCAUUCGCCACCUUCUUCGACUCCUGUUUCGAAUCUGUUCCAAACUCAUCAUAUGAAGUUCAGAAGCCCGUUCUCCACAAAAGUCGAAGAGAAGCCUCCCGUGCCUGUUGCAGUCUCGGUUUCUUCCACGACUCCUCUGCCUACCACCCCUCGCUCCACUGAAGUACCAGAAGCAUCACCAUUCGAAACAGCUGACGAACCAGAAACUCCAGCUUGGGAUUAUUUUGGUCUUUCUAAUCCAACCGAGCAGCGUUUCCCUGCACAAGAGGGCCGAGGAUUUGAUCAGGGUGCGGAGAAGUCUGAUGGAAGAGAAGAUCCGCAGAUAUCUGAUGAUGAAUUUGACGAGCCUGCCACUGCUAGCCUUGUUCGACGUUUCAAAAACGUAAACAUGUCAAAAGAAAAUCACGCCAAAGUUGAAGAUCAAGUACUAAAGGACUUUGUUACGAGCAAGAAAAUUAUUGAUCAGCUUUUUGCUAGAGCGUCUGAAUCAGGAAGAGAAGUUCCAAAGAUGCUUGAAGCAAAUAAAUUGCAUUUCCGGAAAGUAGUUAUACAUGGAAAACAACGUGGUUCAGCGUCACUACUGAAAUCUUGCUUUUCGUGUGGGGACGAUCCGAGCCAGGUUCCACAAGAGCCGCCUCAAGAGACUGUCAACUCCUUUACUUGGCCUCGCACGGAAUCAUCUCCUCCCGAUUCAUCUUUGAAUCUUCUAACUGCGAAUUACACUGAUGGCGUUGAAGAUCUUAGUAAUAAUCUCUUAGACAACUUCUGCAUGGCUGGUGAGAUGCUUCAGAGUAAUUUUGAUCAGAAAUGCAAACUUCUCCUAGAGCAAGCAUACCAGGCCGGGAACACCGACAAGACACGAGCCGCAAUCAAAGGACUGCACUCGAGAAUUAGAGUUUCUGUGCAUAGAAUCAAGUCCAUCUCAAAGAAGAUCGAAGAAAUUAGAGAUUGA